UUUGAGAGGGUCACACUGGUACCGGCUUAUGUUUUGACGUUCAAUCGACGAUUUAAAUCCCUGUCCAGCCACCCAACAAUCAUAAUGGAGAUUGAGCCUAGCACAACAUUGACUGCCGAUUUGAAGCAUCCAGAUGACGCCCAGUACAUUUGGUUGCCAAUUUUGGUGCUAUUGGGAGUUAUUGUGCUCGCGGGUCUGGUUUAUGCCAUGUCACGUAGCCGCCGUCCACUCAACUGCGUUUACUUCAAGCGCCGCAGUGCCACGCGUAAUGGCUACGCCAAUGUCGACGAAGAGGAUUCAGAUGUAUCCAUGGUUGGUGCAGAUGAUUUUGGCGAACCAAAUGCCAUAACAAGUCUCCUGGAUGCUCGCUUACAUAUAGAACCUCGAUCAGAGGGUUAUCGACAGUCGAGUCAAUUACACCUUGAUGCAGAUGACAUCGCCUUGCGUACCUAGCUGAAGGAGCUCCCACAGUGACUUUAAAAAGGACAAUCGCUUCCAAAUUAAGGGAAACAAAAGACUAAAAACUGGCUUAUAUUAUUGUAUACACACUUUUAUUUUAUUGUCUAAGUUAUCUUUUGCUGUUAAUGUCAGCUUAAAGUGAAGCGUAACUAACAAGCCUUGUCUAAACGUUCUAGACAUUUGUACAUUUGUUAAACAUAUGUGCCUAUUUUAGCUGUUAAUCAACGGAGUUAGCGGCGUCUAAUAGACGCGUUGUUAGAUCAUAAAAACCAAAGAAAAAUGCACCGCCCAGUGUUAUCCAGAGCACGCGUGGCACAAUGCCGGCGAACAAACUGGAAUAAAUAAUCAAUAUACAUAUAUGAAA